AUGGCUAGAGGUAGAGGUAGAGGUGCUCUUGUGGCGAAGGAAACCGUUAAAUCAAGCAAAAAUGAGGGAGAUAAACAGAUCAAAGUGGUAGCGGUGGCAGCAAAGGCAGAUGUGACUCAGAUCUGUGAAGCCACAAUUGGGACGACGAUGCAGGAGGGUGUCGCGAUGGUGGCGGACAACAGGGCUUCUCUGGAUUCUACACAGGCAUUUAGCAGUGGAGUAAAGCAAGUUCCUGUCUGGAUUCAACUACCGGACUUGGAAUUGAAGUAUUGGAGCCCUAGCACUCUCAGUAAGCUGAUGAGUGUAAUUGGUAAACCAAAGAGGAUGAAUGAUAUGACCCGGAAUAAACUAAGGGCUGGAUUUGCGAGAGUCUUGGUGGAGAUGGAGAUUAAAGAGCACCUUCCGGACAAGAUAGCUUUUGUUGAUGAAGAAGGUAGACUGCAGGAGCAAAAAUUGGUAUAUGAAUGGCAGCCUGUAUACUCUAUGCCAAGGCUAUGGACAUAUGCAGAAGGAUUGCAAAGUUCCCCAGAAACCAGUUUGGAAGCCGAGGAAUAUAGAGCGGUCACCAGAGCUUAUACAAGAAAGUGA